ACGGGCGCUGAUAACGAACGUUGGGUGGGAGGCACUCGGUUCCCGUUGCGGCUAUUACUAACGAGACCUCCGGCAGCGUGAGGCUCAGUUUUCAACUAUCCGUUUGGCGCAGCGGGCUGACCACCUGGGCUUGCGAGUGUGUAGUAACGGCGAGGUGAAUCCGUUUCGGCCGGUGGCGUUUGCCAGCAGCAGCAGCAGCAGCAUCGUAACGGAACAGAUUGUGUAGAACAGGCUUCGUGAAACGAUGGCAGAAGGUGCGCAGAAGUGAUCCUUGCAGGCAGGCCGGCCGGCCGGCCAAACCCAAACUGACAGCCGAUGUCAGUGUCUCUGUUGUAUUGCAUCGAGCAAAUGGCACUCGCACGACCACGACCAUCCCUCGGUGCUGAAACGGUUGCACGGUACGUUCAUGGUAAUUGCUUGGGUGUUCUUCAAUUCUCUCGGAAACACCGUUGCAAGAUACUUCCAAAAAACAUGGACCAACAGACAGUACUUCGGUGUGCCGGUGUGGAGCUUUUACCACCGGAUCUACAUGAUGGCCUGCUGGACGCUAACGUGUGCCGCCAUCAUCUGCAUCUUCAUCGAUCUGGAGGGCUUCGAGGCACACGCGCACAGUAUCGUUGGGCUGGUGACGUUCGUCCUGGUGUUCGUGCAGCCCAUCCUCGGCCUUAUGAGACCGGCGCAACAGCAGGCCCAAUCGGCGAUUAGAAUCUUGCACACUUUGCUCGGCCAUGUCGCGUACAUUCUGGCAGUCACGAACAUGUUCCUGGGAGUUGGACUGGAAUCGGCCCACAUAUCCACCACCAUGUACGGGCUGCUCGGUGGUGCAGUCGGUGUUCACGUGCUGGCCCAUAUAGCUUUCAACGUGCUCGAAUAUCUUACCAGGCGGAAGGGUUCCGAGCUGGACGUAAAUAAGGACGCAUCGUUUUCACGCUGGCGAAAAACUACCUUCAUGGUGCAGCUGAUUGCACUGUACGCGUUCAGUAUCGUGAAUGUGGUGUACGUGUGGCGCGAAUAACACACGCUCCGGUGCAACGUUCUGACACAGCUGCUGCUUUCGUGGUUACAUCCCAUUUACAAAAAACCCAACCUUAAAACUGUGAUGAACACAUCUGUCUCAACUUGCUCCACCAUUGCCGGCUGUGUAGGCACCACCAAGUUCAACCACGCACCGCCCUCCUCUCAAACGGUCCAAUUGGUCAUUGGAAGGAUUUGCAAGAUAAGACUGCAAACGAUAAGCAUUCACUAUCGCAGAAAACAUUUAUGCUCCUCGAUUGUUCCUCCAGUACACUGCGGCACUUCUAGUUCUUAUCAAGCCUAUGGUCCGUCUGGCAUUAGCUCAUCGAAGCUCGCUGUUACGGGCAUAAGGUUUUGAUAGUAACACGAUUAGAGCAUUUAAUUGCCUAUCAGGUGAAUUGUGAGAUCCACGAUACCUCACAAUCGCAUAUGCAACAAAGUAAAGUUUUUAAUGGGCACGCAUAUGAUAACGGUGCCUCCACAGCUGUAGGAGAACAAAAGCGAGCCGUUAACAGGGGGUAGAGGGGGUUCGGGGAGGAAAGGAAAGAUAAAUGUGUUUAUAUCUGAUAAGACAGCAUACUUACUAGCAAAAUAAACGACUUCCUUCAA